GAGAAAUCAUGGAGUCUUCUAAGACCUUCAUGAGAAACCUGCCAAUCACAGCAGGCUACAGUGGCUUUGUGCCAUUCCUCAGCUGCCAGGGAACCUCCAAUGAGGAUGACAUGAACCACUGUCUGAAAACCUUCCAGGAGAGCACACAACGCUACAAAGACCAGCUGGAGGAGUUUCGCUGCACAGUGGCUACUGCCCCGAAACUGAAGCCCGUCAGCUCCGAGGAGACGGUCCUGCGGGCGCUGCACCAGUACUACCGGCAGUACCACCCCAUGACUCUGGAAUGCAAAUAUGUGAAGAAACCACUCCAGGAGCCCCCAAUCCCUGGCUGGGCAGGCUACCUCCCAAGAGCCAGGGUCACUGAAUUUGGCUGUGCUACAAGGUACACUGUCAUGGCCAGAAACUGCUACAAGGACUUCCUGGACAUCGUGGAGCGGGCCAAGAGAGCACGUCUAAAACCAUAUGAGGAAAUAUAUGAACUCAACUCCACACCACCUCUGGCUCCUUCUUCAAAAGUUUUGCAGCACGAAGGGCUAUUGCCAAAAUAUCCAGAUUUCUCUAUUGCAGGUGGAAGCUGCCCUGCCCUUAGGAGACCCCUGAGACAGGACCCCAUUGAGAGAGCUCCAGUGAUGUAUGAUUGCACCCAGAGGCCAAAUAUGUCAUGCAAUGGGAAGAUUUAUCUAGAGCCACUGUCCUCAGCAAAGUAUGCAGAAGGCUAGAAGCAUAGAGUCUCCCAAGGAGAGG